AUGGGAGACGAGCCGGACAACUCGGCGAAAUUGGUGGAAUUGCCCUACCGGGCCGAGUACGCAAAGACGAAUCGCAGCACCUGUAAGAAGUGCAAACAACCGAUCGGCCAGGAUGCUCUGCGAAUCUCUGUGCGUGAACCCAGCCAGUUUUUUGACGGGAUGCAGGAUUUUUGGUGGGAUUUUUCCAUGAAAAUUUUUCUUAGGCAUCACUACAAAUGUUUUUGGACGGCACUGAAGGGUGGCGAGAUCAACGAGCGUUCAAUUCGAGGUUUUGAUUGGCUGAAAUGGGAGGAUCAAGAGAGAAUCAGGGCAAGCAUCAGUGAACACGAUGCCGCAACGAGACCCGGAUCUUCGAACAGCGGAAUCGGCAAAGAUGGCGUCCAAAUGUCUAUGAUCAAAGUGGAAUACGCCAAAACAGAUCGCGGAAAAUGCCACGGCUGCAACCUCUUGGUGGCAAAAGGUGUGAUGAAGUUUGGUGUGAAGGCCCGGUUCUACCACUUCGAAUGCCUUUUCACCCCAAAUGGCAUUUACGAUGGACAGCCGGGCCAGAUCAGCGGAUACAACGAUUUGACGAAAAACGACCAGGAGAUGCUCAAUGAUCAAAUUGAUCAGAUUGUUCGCGUGCAUCAGGUUGAGCAGGAUGUCGCUAUAGCAACUCUGAUCGCCAAUGGUGGAACCGGAACACUGCUGCCGACUGGCCAGAAGCGACCGGCGCCUGUCGAAAAGACUGAAAUCGAUGAAAAGAUGGAUAAGCUCAAGAUUCAAACGAACCUGCUCUGGGAGCUUCGCACGGGCUUCAAGGAACUUUUCACCAAGCAGCAGCUCAACGCACUGCGGGAAGCCAAUUUUCUUGACAAGCCAGAGGCUGGGGGCGAGGAUGCGUUGCUGGAGCUGCUGUGCGAUGCCGCGCUGUUUGGUCGGUCGACACGCUGUCCGACAUGCCUGACCGGGCAGUAUAUGUUCAGUAGCACGCAACAGAUGUACGUUUGUACGGGACAUCUCACUGAAUGGACAAGGUGCCAUGAGUCGACGCGACAGCCCGAUCGUAUUCCGUUCGGUGUGCCUAAUGAGAUGGGAAUUGCUGUGCCUUGGCUGAUCAACGAAGCUCCUAUAAACAAGAUGAAAGAGCGCCUCUACAUUGACCAUGUCGGAAAAGUUGUCAGCGGCGCCAAAGCUUUCCGACACCUUGGAGCCCGGAAGAGCCUGUGUGCCGAAAUGGAAUCUGGUCACAAGUCGGCCGCAUCCGGCAAAUCGUUUGUCAAGAAUGGCACCACGAUUGAUGCUGAAUUCACGCAUGCGCAAGUUUGCCAUGUGGUGCGCGACCCAGACGGCUCUCCCUACAAUGCUGUGCUCAGCAGUGCUGACUUGUCAUCCGGUCGGAACAGUUACUACAAACUGCAGCUGCUGAAGCACGACACGAAAGAAAAGUACUAUGUAUUCCGCUCGUGGGGACGAAUCGGUACAACGCAAGGCGGCUGUGUGGAAGACGAGUUUCGGUCCCGUCAUAUGGCCGUCGACAGUUUUGAAAUCCACUUCAAGGACAAGUCUGGGAACGAUUGGAAGGACCGGAAAUAUUUCCGCAAGAAAGCUGGUUUUAUGAACAUUGUUGAAACGGACAACAGCGAAUUGGUAGCCGAGACAGCCGUCGCUCCCGGAUCUCGUUCCCAGCUCCCACGACCGAUCAUCGACAUAAUGAAAAUGAUCUUUGACGUGGAUAACAUGAAGCAAGCGCUCAAGGAAUACGAUAUCGACAUCGAGAAAAUGCCGCUGGGAAAACUGUCCAAGUCGCAGAUCACAAAAGCCUUCGUUGUUCUGCAUGAGCUCACCGAGUUGUUCAACACGGCAAACUGCGAGCAGAAGGCCAAGAUAAUCGACGCUUCGAAUCGCUUCUACUCCAUCAUCCCACACAACAAGCUCGAGCUCCUCGAAAGCUUGAAGCGCGUGCAGAAAAAAUCGGUGAUGUUGGAGUCGCUGCUCGAGAUCCUGGAGGCGUAUUCGAUGAUGAACCCGAAGCAGCAGCCGGAAGUGGUCGAACGUGACCCCGUCGACACGCAUUAUGAGCGAUUGUCCUGCAAAAUGACGGUUGUUGACAAGGAUUCUGAUGAAUACAAACGGCUGGUGGAUUACGCGACCAAGACACACGGACAGACUCAUCAGCAGCUUAAAGUUGAAAUAAUUGACAUCCUCAGACUUGAGCGUUCCGGCGAGGCGGAGCGUUUCCGCAAAGACUUGGGCAACCGGAUGCUGCUCUGGCACGGCUCUGGUGUACCGAACUACGGUGGAAUCUUGUCGCAGGGCCUGCGCAUUGCCCCGCCGGAAGCGCCUGUGACCGGCUACAUGUUCGGCAAAGGCGUCUACUUUGCGGACAUGUUUUCCAAAUCGGCCAACUAUUGCCGAGCUCAAACCGGAGAAGGACUGCUCCUCCUUGCAGACGUUGCCCUUGGAAAGAUUCAUCCGGAGCAAAAUUCUGUUGGACACUCGGCCAAAACCGAACCUCUUUUCAAAUCUUGUGCGAUGACCGACAUGUACAAGUUGUCACCAUAUUUCUCCGAAGCGGAUAGGCAGCGUGUCGACCCCAUUCCCGUUUUAUAUAGCCUGCCGAGUUACCACGAUUCCCCGGCGGCUUCGGGUCCGGUGGAAAAUGGAUGCGCAUCAUCGUCUGGGGACCAUGUCAAGGAUUUGGAAAACGCGCAAAUGGCGUUAAUUGCUAGGCUGAAGCAACAAGGGCCUUCAAUAGAAAAGCUGCUGCAGAACCUGCGCAUCGGGCCCAAGGUUCAGCCCAAGGCUUCAACAACUCCAAAAUCGGAGCCGAAACCUGCUGCCGCAGAGGAAGGCAAAGAGAAAAAGUCUGGCAAGGAGAACAAGAAGGAGGCAAGGAAAGAAAACAAAGCUAAGGCUGUGGAAGCGAAAGGUGGAAAUAAGCCCAGUGCUCAGCCACAAAAGGGCGCGUCGGCGAAAGUUGAUGGCGCUACGUGGAUCGUUAAGGAAGAGAAGCCUGGUGCCGAAAUUGGACAAUCUUUGGCAGCUAACGUUGAUCAAGGCGUCAGCCAAUUCCACGCGCAACACACAGGGCAACUAUCUCUUUCGAUGACCCCUGAGGAUCAGCCAUGGGUCCAGAUCCUGGCUAAGAUUGCCGAGCAGCGAGGCGUUCUUUUCGUCGGUGCUGUUAGGAAUAAUACCGCGACGCCCAAAUCUACGAUAGCUGUUGCUGGCAAAGAUACCGUAACACUGGGCAAUGGGACCUACUCGAUCGUUGGGCGUAUCUCGGUAUGGAAAGCCCUUGGAGCCCUGCUUGGAGUCUCGUCGUUCGAGGCUACCGACGCUGUCCAUGCGGCGCAUACACAUCAGUGGUUGCUGAAGGCAAACCAGGUGUUAGAAAACACUUACUUCAAGGAGACAUUGAUGCGAGAAGCUUCUCGGUUCCUUUCCUCUCGGGAUUCUCUGGGCGGUCAUUACGCUGCAAGCAUCCCCGACCUCGUAGUUUUUGCGCUGAUUUCCAAGCUCCAAAAUCCACCAAGCAACGUGGAGCUGUGGCGUUCAAGGAUCAAGAACAUUGGCGUU